GUCGAUGAUGGCGGGGGUAACAACAACAAUACAGCUUAAUCUAGCGGUUCGGAACAUGGUUAAGUUUAGCGAAUGUAGGAUUCCAGUAAUCGGAAACCGAAUUGUGAAAGAUCACUAUGGAGGGAUGCGAUAUCCUGUGCCGAGGUAUGUUUGCACUUUGACCCAGGUUUCGAGUUGAAUAUACCCCCACUCCAAUCAACACAGAUAUUAUAGCCUGCGACUGUCUUUGAAGGACAUAUGCACCGAAGUUCGAAAUACUUGAUCCAAUUGCUGCUACUAGCUGGUGUUAGUAAUUUUAUCUCUGCUCUCAUACUCGCCUCACAUCGACCUUCAUCACUUGCCACCCAGAACAAAAGUCCCUCAAUCACAACUUCGCAACUCCACCAUCCAUUAACAAUUUCAAACCAUCCAAUCUUUACUCGAUACCUACACCUAAGACCCCUCCUUAUCCAUCCCACACUAAUCCCUCUUCAGCACCACGUCCGCUACCAUAACAGGUCUCUGAUUCGCUAAAGCUCUUAUCAAUCCCCUAUCUCUGGGUCUUCCCCCUAGCGUUGUCCCUUGUCACUAUCUCCCGCCUCUGUGGGACUUGGGAAAAUCCCACGCAAGCACGCGGCUGCCGCUGGGUCGCCGAUGGGUAUUCGAUCGCAUCGACAUUUUUGCUUGUUUUUCUGUAUGACCUUGCCAAUUCGCAUGUACGAGAGGGAGCUGGAAAGAGGCGACAUCCGGUUCUGAUACUUCGACGUCAGCGUCAACAUACACACAGUCGGUUUGGGAUCGGACUCGAACUUUGCGCGGCUGGAAUUGGAGGGCUACCAAGCAGCCUUGUCAGUGCAGCUAUUCGUACACCACCAGCGGAAAGAAGCGCAAGGAAUUGCACACAGAGCUGUGACUGGCAGAGGACAUACUGGAAAGUGGCAGAUAGAGGAGCACGAUGAACACGGCUAGUCGAAGAUCCUCAAUCGCAACCUCCAUAUCGCAUGAGAGCAGUUGCAAAUAGCAGCGACACCGCGUACCCAGCCCUCUGGUAAACAGCUGCCGCACGACCUCUGCGCGGAUCGGCGUCAGAAUAUAUCGGAGCGAUUGAAGGUCGAGAUAGGAUAGAGACAGCUCUUGGAGCGAGGCGCAUACCCCGCCAUAUCUUGUUGGGUGGAGAGGAGAUCAGUCGAAGGGCCAGAAACAUCGAGAGUAGUGAAGGCAGAAGGGAAUUACAAAAGACGGACAAUAUGAAUUCACGUUCACCUCCCUCCAACAGCGGGUACCCCUCCAAACGUGCCCGCCAUAGCUCACCAGAACGCACAUCCAACUCAACCGACAAAGCCCUCAGUCCCAAGAGCCUCGAAGGUCUGCCGGACGUAGAAGUCCCUCCUAUACCAGUGACUGGCAAUGGAAGUGGAGGAGGUGGUAGCAAGGUCGGCGGCCAAAGUAGUAGUUUCCGCAAUGUAAGCGCCUGUAAUAGGUGUAGGUUGAGGAAGAAUAGGUGUGAUCAGCGGCUGCCGAGUUGUGCAAGCUGUGAGAAGGCGAGUGUGAAGUGCGUGGGAUAUGAUCCGAUCACAAAGAGGGAGAUUCCUAGAAGCUACGUCUUUUACCUGGAGUCUAGAGUAAGCUACCUUGAACAGAUACUCCAAGAAAACAACAUAUCCUUCGCCCCAGCCGAAGUCCUCGACCACGCAUCUCGCCCCGGCGUAGACCCAACAAGUAUCCAAACACCCGCCUCGGAAGAUCCCCCACCAUUCAAUGGCUCCUCCGAACUCAUCCACAAACCCUCUCCAGAAGAGGCAGCAUGGAACAAGAAACAAGACGAAUCUGAAAAGCUCAACAAGCUGGUCUCCAACAUCGGCAGCGUGUCUGUACAAGGCGCUUCAGACUCCAGAUAUCUGGGCUCGACUUCGGGAAUUUCAUUCGCAAGAGUUGUGUUCGCUGCUGUCAAGAGCUCUGUCUCCGGCACAAAUAGCGACAAAAGUGGUGUCCGCCCAUCAAGACCACCGGUCACUACUAAAGCUGUUGGAUCAGGGUCAACGUCUAUGCGCGACUCUUUCUUCGGAUUACACACCAAACCCACCAUCAAACAAGCGCCCUUCCCCUCCAAAGAAAUUGGCAAGCGACUGGUGGACUUCUACUUUGAGCAUGCAAAUCCUCAGAUCCCUAUCUUGCAUCGUGGCGAGUUUAUGAAGAUGUUUGAGCUGGCGUAUGCGGAUGGUGAUGCGAGGGUUAGGACGCCGAGAGAGUUGUAUAUGCUGAACAUCGUGUUUGCCAUUGGAAGCGGCAUUUUCUUAGGUGAUUCUGAGAGGGAGAGGGAGGGUAGGAGCGACGAGAAAAAGAAAUCUGGACCAGCAAAACAGUGUCAGCCCGAAGAGUACCAUGCCUCUGCGAUUGUGCAUCUGGAGUCUUGUCUGAGCUCGCCGAGUUCCAUUGAUAGGACGGAUGGAUUUGGUGGAGGUUUGGAGGAAUUGCAGGCUGUGUUACUACUCGCCGGGUUUGCGCUGCUAAGACCCGUUGCGCCCGGUUUGUGGUAUAUUAUUGGGGUGGCUGUUAGGCUGGCUGUUGAUCUGGGAUUGCAUUAUGAGGAUGGAAAGAAUAUCGAUGUUGGGCUUGAGGAGACUGUUGAGGACAAGGAUGAUUCUGAUGGAGCGCGACUGCAAAGGGAACGGAGUGCCCGUGAAAGAGGACGCCGAGAAUGGGUUCGCGAUUUCAGGAGAAGGUUAUGGUGGUGCACGUAUUCUUUCGAUCGGUUGGUCUCGACGUGUGUUGGUCGCCCCUUUGGUAUCACAGACCAAGUCGUUACUACGGAAUUUCCUUCAUUGCUAGACGAUAAGUAUAUUACACCAUCUGGAUUCCAGGAACCACCUGGAGGCGCCUCAGAACCCAGUUACAAGCAUGCGGCAUAUCAUUAUUUCAGGCUCCGGCUGCUCCAAUCUGAGAUCCUGCAGGUAUUGCAACAUCAACAAGCGCAGCAAGCUCGAGCAGGAGGUGCCAAUCAACGGAAUCCAUACAUGCACACAUCACUGCCAUCGCCAUUCUUAUCAAAAUAUGAUAGUUUCCGCUCGUGGAGAAUCGAUAUCGAUAAGCGACUUUGGGAAUGGAAAAACUCUGCCCCUACUAAACGUGAGACAGGCGUCGCGUUUUCCGUAGAAUUCCUCGAGCUGAAUUACUGGCAAUGUGUCAUCAUGCUCUACCGGCAAAGCUUGAGCGUGCCGCCCAUGUUCGAAGGCGAAUUCAAUACUAGCGACGAGGUCAAUAGUCCAAAUGUUCACAAUGUGGAGCUGAGAGAGGAUGAGGAAAGGGUGUUUUUGAAGGUCGCGGAGGCAGGGCAAAAGGUGCUGAGGUUGUACAGGCAGUUGCAUCGUGUGCAUCUUGUCAAUUAUACAUUUCUCGCCACACAUCAUUUGUUUAUGGCUGGUAUAUCGUUCCUAUACGCGAUCUGGCACUCGGCUAUUGUGCGGAGUCGUUUGACAAUGGACGAAGUCGACUUCACCGUUCUAGCUGCAACUUCCGUUCUAGGUGACCUUAUCGAGAAAUGCCCACCGGCAGAAGCGUGUCGUGACGCAUUCGACCGCAUGUCAAAAGCCACUGUGCAGAUGUGCAUGUCAACAACAGGCUUCGGCUCUUCCGCACAAGGACUCACCACACGUCAGAGAUCGCAUAACCACUCGCACCAAAACGAUAAUAGCUCCGACUACUUCAACGGCAGUAGUAAAGCAUAUUCAAACUCUAAUUCGAAUUUGAGACAAAGUGGAAGACCACAAAAGCAAAGGCCAAAGCCACAAUUCGAUAUGGGCCUUAACGAUCUACUAGGAAGCCAAACAUCGCCAACACCCGGCUUCGGCGGUAACAACGGAAUACCAAGCGCGAUUUCAGACGUCAAGGGUGGUUUUGACUUCGCUGGGCCCUCAAGACAAAAUACCUCAAACUCCCAAAACCAAGGCCAGGCAACCUCACCCUCCGACUACGCCAUCUCUCCGCCACUCUCCACCUUUGACAACUCCUCCAUCGAUCCCUCCCUCUUGCCCUCUCCUUCCGCUCAAUCUCACUCCAACUCCAUACACUCCCCCGAGCUAGCCAUAACCAGCACAGCUCAAGGCCCCGCCUACUCUCAGGCAGUGCAAUCCACAUAUUCCACGAACCCGUAUCAAGAGAUGCAAUUCCCAUUCACGAAUGCUCCAGGUAUGGAUUUUUUGACUACGGGGUGGGACGGAAAUGGAGGGGGAGGAGGAGGGAGUGGUGGGGGAAAUGGGAAUGCGAGUUUUACGGGGGAUCUUGGGAUGGGGAUGGGCUGGGAAGGAGUGGGCGAGGGGCAUGAUUUUAGUGAGGCGAGUGGAGGGUUGGAUCUCUUUGAGGGGUUCUUUUUUGGGGGAACGGGGAACUUUUAAAGUGGUGGGUAUAUAAUGGCCUAUGACUGCAAGGAAAUUCAGGAAUGAGACAUGAGGAUUCGCAUAGUAUAAUCAGUACGACUUUUAUGAUGUGAUACGGAUUCUCU